AUGGUAUUCGGUGCAACUAUGGCACAAUUUAAGGCCCGCGAGGCCGGCGACCUUUCCAAGGUCGAAUCCUCAGCACAUCGCAAAAUCCCAUACUGGCGGCUAGUGGCCGAUCAGGGCGUGGUGACACAGGAGAUCGUGGAUUACCCCUACCCCGGCUCGGGAACCGAGGAGGACCCCUACUCCGUCACCUGGAUUCCAGAUGACCCUCGCAACCCCAUGACGUUCAGCAACGUCAAGAAAUGGUCCAUCACGAUCUUGGUGGCCAUUGCGACACUAGCCGUGGCCCUGGUGUCGUCCGCAUAUACUGGUGGUAUGGCUGAGAUCCAAGCAGAAUUCCAGGUUGACAGCGAGGUCGCGACCCUCGGUGUCUCUCUCUUCGUUCUAGGGUUUGCCGUCGGUCCCCUUCUUUGGGCCCCACUGAGUGAGAUGUUUGGUCGUCAAGUGGUCUUCUUUGGCACCUAUAUGGCGCUCACGGCGUUCAACUGUGGUAGCGCGGGUUCGAAGAACAUCUGGACCCUGAUCAUCCUCCGCUUCUUCGCCGGUUCCUUUGGCUCGUCCCCCUUCACCAACGCCGGUGGCGUCAUUGCCGACAUGUUUACCGCCAAGAACAGAGGUGUUGCCAUGAGCAUGUUCGCCGUCGCCCCCUUCCUGGGCCCAGUCAUCGGCCCUAUCAUCGGUGGCUUCCUGGGCAUGAACGCCGGAUGGCGAUGGGUCAUGGGAUUCCUGGGUGCGUUCUCCGGUGCGGUCUGGAUCAUGGGCACCGUGCUCGUUCCGGAGACCUACGCACCCGUCCUUCUGCGCCGCCGCGCCGAGAGACUGUCUAAGAUCUCUGGCAAGGUGUACCGGAGCCAGUUGGACAUUGAGCAGGGCAAGAUGUCUCCUCGCGAUGCGUUCGCCACUGCCCUGUCGCGUCCGUGGAUUUUGUUGUUCCGCGAGCCGAUCGUCUUCUUGCUUUCUCUGUAUAUGGCCAUUGUGUAUGGCACGCUCUACAUGCUGUUCGCAGCCUACCCGAUUGUCUUCCAGUUCGUCCGUGGCUGGAACCAGGGCGUCGGCAGUCUUCCGUUCUUGGGCAUCAUGGUGGGUAUGCUACUGGCCGUGGCCUACAAUUUCAUCGACAACCGCCGCUAUGUUAAGACCCAAGCCAAGCACGGCGGGUUCGCUCCGCCCGAGUCUCGGCUGCCUCCCUGCAUGGUUGCGUCCAUCGCCAUUCCCGUGGGCCUGUUCUGGUUCGCGUGGACCAACUACCCCUCCGUCCACUGGAUGGCCCCCGUGGCUGCCGGUGUCCCCUUCGGCUUCGGCAUGGUCCUGGUGUUCCUGGGCAUCAUGAGCUAUCUGAUCGACACAUACACCAUCUUUGCCGCGUCCGUGCUGGCAGCCAACUCCGUCAUGCGGUCCGUCUUCGGUGCCGUGUUCCCGCUCUUCACCACCUACAUGUACGAGGAUCUGGGCAUCCACUGGGCCUCGUCCAUCCCGGCGUUCCUGGCCGUCGCCUGCGUGCCGUUCCCGUUCCUCUUCUACAAGUACGGCCACACGAUCCGCAGCCGCUGCAAGUUCGCCGCCCAGUCCGAGGCCUUCAUGCGCAAGAUGGUCGAGCAGGUCAAGACGACGACCUACGACGGGGCCGCGGACGACGAGCAGGCCAAGAGGACGGCGACCUACGACGGAGCCGCAGACGAAGAGCCCAAGGAGACCGAUGUCGAGGGGUAUGACCGCACCGAGGCUCCGGCGCCCUCGCGCGCGGUGUCGGACGGAUCAUUGUCGGACGUCGAGGAGCUCCCGACGAUGCAGCAGAUCCGCAGCAAGGCCUCGACCCGGACGGUUGGAUCCCACCACGCCUCGGCGUACGACGGGAACCCGUACGAUAUCGACCUCAUUACCACUCCCAACCCCGCCUCGAACAAAACGACUCCCCCUCCCCCCGAUGCCGGCACCCCAGCCACUACACCCUCACCCUCGACCACUGCGCCGCCGUCGCCUGCUACCAUCCCCGCCGGUUCGGGGUCGCGGCGGACACUGCGCCAGGUUAUUGUGCAAGGGCCGCUGGGGAAUCUUGGACGGGCGUACUCGCGCGUCCAGGCGAGACGGCCCUAUGCGACGCAGCUGUGGAGCUCGGUGAUUGUUUAUCUGUGUGGGGAUUUGAGCGCGCAGUAUUUUUUUCCGCCGGGUGGCGGGAAACCGGUGCAGCAGGGAGGAGGAGGAGGAGGGUAUGAUCCGUGGAGGACGCUGCGACAUUUAACAGUCGGUGCGACGUCGAGUAUUCCGUCGUAUAACUGGUUCAUGUUCCUCCACCACAACUUCAACUUCACCUCCAAGUUCCUCUCCAUCCUGACCAAAGUCUGCGUGCAGCAAGCGGUCUUCACCCCCGUCUUCAACACCUACUUCUUCAGCGUGCACUCUCUGCUAUCGGGCGCGUCGCUGGAAGAGACCUGGGAGCGGCUGAAGAAGGCCCUCCCUGUCAGCAUCGUCAAUAGCUGCAAGCUGUGGCCCGGUGUCACGGCAUUUAGCUUUAUGUAUGUGGCGCCGCAGUUCCGGAAUAUCUUCUCCGGGUGUAUUGCGGUUGGGUGGCAGACUUAUCUGAGUUGGUUGAAUCAGAAGGCUGCGAGGGAGGUGGAGGCUGCUGAGGUUGCUGCUGAGUUGGCCUCGAUUUCGUCGCCGUCACCGGUUGAGGCUUCGAUAGUGUUGAAGGCGUAG